UAACUUAGCGGUGACCCUCAAGUGUCAAUUCAAUCAUUCACUCGUCAUCGUUGAAUUUUCCUCCCUUUACUUUUCUAAGAAAAUGGUUUUCCUUUCCGUGCAAGAAAACUCUAGAGGACUUAUUACAAGGAAAUUUCUGCAUUUGUAUCUAUACAAAAGGCGAGGCACUAUAGAUGAAAGAAAUAUACCCCAAGGUCUAAAUCCUCUAUGGUCUAAAAAUCUGUCUGAGUCGUUUGUAUCGAAAAAAAUUCUGUCUCAGUCUGUUCUGUUCAAUCUUUGUUUUCAGAGAAUUGUCCAACAUAUGCGUGUGUAGAAAGAGACUUAGGUUUUAUACAGGUUACGCUUCUGAGAGUGUACUUGUUGAUCGAACUACUGGAGGAGGCUUAUGCUCUUGCUAAUCUUAUAUGCAACCUCGUGGUAUGCUUCACUCCACUUUUUCUUUGUAUUGGUUUAGGUCAAACUACAUGUGAAUUCUCUAAGUUUAUGCUUAUUGUCAUUAGUACUACAAGCUUCAUGGUUGAUAAUUUGUUUAUCAUUCCUUAUUAUUAACUCUUUACUAGAUGAUGGUAUGGUUUGCCUUGCGAAUUCCCACAUGUCAAUUCCUUUUUCUUUUUCUUUUUUCUUUUUCCUAACGACAAAUAAUUAGGGAAUUCGAUCUUCAGAUCUAAAUCUGACCAAAAGAGGUAAAUAUAAAACAUAUGAUCGGUUGAUCUUUGAUUUUGAGUAUAAGUUUUUUUAUUUUUCAUUGAAUAUUACUAGAAUCUUUCUUUCUUUCCUGAAAGAGAUCGGAACAACGGGUCGAAUCUAUGAUACAGGGAAGAAGUAGAUGCCAAUCGGGCUAAAAGUCGGUUAGGCACUAGAAUCUCUCUUUUGUUUAUUCCCUUUUCGUUUCUCUUUGUUUGGCUUUUAUUUGUUACCUUUAGUUAUUAAAUCCAGCUGUUGGAUCAUGUAGAAGAGUUAAAAAAGAGGGUGAUGAGAUAAUAGAAAAUUGCUCUGUAUAUGAGAUGAACUGAGAGAAGGGUUGAGGAGGGAGAGGUGAGAAGGGCUGGAGAGCCAUUUGCAGGUGGAAAGGAAAGGAGGAGCCAGCAGGGUUCAAAAGAGGGAGGGAGAGUUUUUGGGGUCGUGGGGUUUUGGAGAGUUAAGGUUGGAGAGGGUAGACUGAUGGUUUUUGGAUGAAGAGUUUAUUGUAGAUUUUGUCAAUUUUGGGUGGGAAAGUUGAUGAGGAUGGAGGGAUCUUUCUCAUGCUUCUAGAGGUGAUUCAAGAGGAGUUUUACAUGAUGAACCCAAAAGAAUGCUUGAGAAUUUGGAUUGGACCAGCGUGUGAGGCACGUAGAUGGUGAUCAAAUGGUGGCCAGACGACAUUGAAGUUGCGGGUAGCACCAAUGGCUAGACAAUGUGAGGUGCACGAGGCAUGAAAAAGUCCUAUGGCAAACAGGCACUACCAUGUGCAUCACCCUGAGAACACUGAUGAUGAGUAUGCUGAACGAGCUCGGAAUAAUAAUGGAAAGAACAAGAAACCUAUGACCUCUUCCUCCGAUGAAUCAGAGAGUGCACUUGAACUCAACCUCCGUGCAAGCCAGGAAGGUGAUGAUCAUGACAUGGAUGCAAACAAGUUCUCAACAACUAUGGAGGUUGAGCUUAACCCCAGGGAGUUGGCUCCGAUCAUUAAUCAAUUCCGGUACUCUCUUAUCAUCUAUGUCCAUGGCAAAAAGAUAGGUUAUCAUAAUCUCUACACGCGCCUUGUUCGUGUAUUGGCUCUUUAUGGACCUUACCAGCUGGUUGAUCUUGGACUCGGUUUCUUCUUGUUGAAUAUUUCAGAGUUUUUGGAUUAUAACAUGGUACUUCACAAGUACCCUUUAUCAAUCCCGAAUUACUGUGUCACUUUGUUGCCAUGGAAGCCAAACUUUAGGCCUUCAGAGACUGUCAUUACCCAAGUAGAUGUUUGGAUUCAGUUACCAGAACUUCCAAUAGAAUACUAUGGUUUUCUGUUAAGAAUUGCAGCAGCUAUUGGUGGUAAUCUUCUGAAAAUUGACCCCAUCACUGAAGGAAGAAAGAUGUGUAAGUUUGCAAGGUUUUGUGUUAGAGUUGAUCUAACACGUCCACUUCCUGGUCAUAUAAAGAUUGGAGAAAUAUGGCAGCGAGUUGAGUAUGAGGGGUUGGAUAUGGUGUGCUCUCUGUGCAGGCAUUAUGGGCAUUUGAAACAUAAUUGUCUAGACCAGCUGUUAAAUUCUGCUACCAUCAAUGCUUCUCGAGGUCAAGCCUCUACAAGCAAUGAAUUGGUGAACUCUGCUGGUCAUAGGAGACUUGCAGAUCAUACAUCAAAGAUUGUGAUGUCCAAGAGUGCGGACAGUUCCUCAAGUGAUGAUAAUAGUUCUUGGACCCAAGCUCGUCAUUUCAAGCAGCAUCAAAGAGAGAGUUCAGGAUCACAGAGACCACACGUUCAAAAUCAGAACAUGGCCGCUGGAACUGAAAGUAAUCUUGAGCUGAUUGAUCAAUCCAAGGCUAAAGCUUCUGUGAUUGCUGAAUCCAGCACAGAAUUGAUGCAAAGAAAGAAUCCGCUACCUGGAGAAGGCACUUCCUUGUCUCCAAUAACUGAGGGAACACUAAUCCGGCCUCCUAAGGACAAACCACCACAUAUUCCAAAGUCAUUGAUGUCCGAAAAAGGGUUACCAUCUGAAUUCUCCAUUGCAGGUUCGUCAAACUCUUUGCCUCAAGACUCCUCUCAACAUCUGUGUCACCAACCUGCACACACGAUUGUCAAAGAAGCAUGCCACACUAUACCAACACAGCCACAUGGUAACCAGCCUCAAACCUUGUCCUCAGGGACUGCCUCUCCUCGACCUUCUCCAGUGAUAAAGCCAAGCAUCCAGUUAUACUCUACAGGGAUACGUAUGGCAAUGGUAAACAAAGAGAUAGGCAGCACCCCAAUAACAGAAUUCAGCACUGAAAUUCGUCAAACUCUUUACAGCAUCAAAUCAGAGGUUGCGAGUCUUGACAUUGGUGUCUCAAAAACUGCGACGAGAAACCAGCACUUAAUAAAUUUUCUUCCAACAGUUAGUGAUUUCACCAAGUACCCACUUCAGAAUCAGCAAGAAGCAAUAUACCAGACCUGUGCAGAGACGGUGCCACAAACUCCUUUGCAGAAACUACUAUGCUGGAAGUAUAAUGGGACAGACAACAUCACACUCAUCCAGACAAUGAAAUAUCUAAAGCAGCAUGAAAAUCCCUCCAUUGUACUUCUUUUUGGAAUAAAAAGUAGUGGCAAUGAUGCAGAUCAGGCUAUAGAGGAAAUUGGGUUCUCUGGUUCAUACCUCAUAGACCCGUUUCUCUUUGAUGAUGGAGUGUGGCUGUUAUGGAAGAAAGAUGUGGUAAUUGAAGUAAACUCACCCACCUCACACCUGAUUUAUGCAACAGUACAUUUUCUUCCUCAUCCAAGCAAUAGGAUGCUAUGUGGUACGGGCAAAUCUUCUGAGGCAAAUGCCCCAUAUGCAAGAUGAUAUACUCAAUCACUCUCUCUAUCAUGGGGCACAAACUUCUUUUAUACUUCAGAAGACCUGUUAACAGGUCUUCUGAAGUAUACAAGAAGUUUUAAGCAAGACCAAUCUACUCCAAGCUCAAGAGUCCAUCGGGUUUUUUGAAAAUUUUCACAUUUUCUUUGCUUCUUUGUUUCUAGCAAGGACCUGAAAUCAGUCCUUGUUGGCGUGAUUAAGAUGGAAAGCACCUCCUGCUCUUAAGGUGAGGGGGGUGAGGCAAUUUUUUGAGAGUCAUGUUAAUUUCACAAGUAUAAUAUUGUAGUAUUUGUAACUCUAGUUAUGGGUGAAAUACAUAAAUUUGAGGAUGUAGCCCUAGUUUUGAAUAAAUAUUGAAUAAGUUUGUGGAUGUAGCCCUAGUUUUGGGUGAACCACGUAAA